UCAACUGUCAAGUUGUGGGGAUACACAAUUUUUCGGACCCUCGCAACUUCCAAAGAAACGAACGCAGCUUACGAAAUUUAAUAAAACAAUUUAAAUAUGUCUUUAGUUAUUAAAUAAGUUGUGCACAUCAAUUAACUCGCUGCCCGCGCACACAACAUGUCCCAUCCACAUCUGGUCCUGUCACUGCUGCUGUGCUUUAGCCUGUGCUUGAGUAACGUUCAGUCAAGAACGGCCAAACGCUCCGAUGUCUAUAUAGCGGGCUUCUUCCCAUAUGGUGAUGGCGUUGAGAACUCGUACACGGGACGUGGAGUUAUGCCCAGUGUCAAGCUGGCGCUUGGUCAUGUCAAUGAGCAUCCGCAGAUACUGACCAACUACAGACUGCAUAUGUGGUGGAAUGAUACACAGUGCAAUGCUGCCGUGGGAGUCAAAUCUUUUUUCGACAUGAUGCACUCUGGUCCAAACAAGGUGAUGCUCUUUGGUGCAGCCUGCACGCAUGUCACAGACCCCAUAGCCAAGGCCAGCAAGCACUGGCAUUUAACACAGCUGAGCUAUGCGGAUACCCAUCCCAUGUUCACCAAGGAUGCGUUUCCCAAUUUCUUUCGAGUGGUGCCCUCGGAGAAUGCAUUUAAUGCACCACGCCUGGCGCUGCUCAAAGAGUUUAAUUGGACGCGUGUGGGCACCGUUUACCAAAAUGAACCACGAUAUUCACUGCCACACAAUCAUAUGGUGGCCGAUCUGGAUUCCAUGGAGCUGGAGGUGGUGGAGACCCAAAGUUUCGUCAACGAUGUGGCCGAGUCACUGAAAAAGCUGCGGGAAAAGGAUGUUCGAAUAAUUUUGGGCAAUUUUAAUGAGCAUUUUGCCCGCAAGGUUUUCUGCGAAGCAUUCAAAUUGCAAAUGUAUGGACGUGCCUAUCAGUGGCUAAUUAUGGCCACCUACACCACGGAUUGGUGGAAUGUGACAAUGGACAGCGAAUGCAGCGUGAAGGAAAUUGCCACGGCUUUAGAGGGCGCCAUAUUGGUGGAUCUACUGCCGCUCUCAACCAGCGGAGACAUAACAGUUGCAGGCAUUACGGCGGAUGAGUAUCUCGUUGAGUAUGAUAGAUUACGCGGCACAGAAUACUCGCGCUUCCAUGGAUAUACCUACGAUGGUAUUUGGGCAGCUGCAUUGGCCAUACAGUAUGUAGCGGAGAAGCGUGAAGAUCUGCUAACACAUUUUGAUUACCGAGUCAAGGACUGGGAAAAUAUUUUCCUGGAAGCAUUACGUAAUACUUCUUUCGAGGGUGUCACGGGACCGGUACGCUUCUAUGACAACGAACGCAAGGCCAACAUUCUGAUUACCCAGUUUCAAGUGGGACAAAUGGAAAAGAUAGGCGAAUAUCACUCACAGCAAGCACACUUGGAUAUGACGCUGGGCAAGCCCGUACGUUGGGUGGGCAAGACGCCACCCAAGGAUCGCACAGUGAUCUAUAUAGAACACAGCCAAGUUAAUCCCACCAUAUAUAUUGUGUCAGCCAGCGCCUCUGUCAUUGGCGUGAUAAUAGCCACCGUUUUCCUAGCCUUUAACAUCAAGUAUCGUAAUCAACGCUACAUCAAAAUGUCAAGUCCACAUUUGAACAAUCUGAUUAUUGUUGGCUGCAUGCUGACCUAUCUGAGCAUCAUUUUUCUGGGCCUGGAUACUACGUUGAGCAGUGUGGCAGCCUUUCCCUAUAUAUGCACGGCUCGAGCAUGGAUUUUAAUGGCAGGUUUCAGUUUGGCUUUUGGUGCCAUGUUUUCGAAAACUUGGCGAGUGCAUUCGAUUUUUACCGAUCUGAAGCUGAACAAGAAAGUGAUCAAGGACUAUCAGCUGUUUAUGGUUGUGGGCGUGCUUUUGGCCAUUGAUAUAGCGAUAAUAACCACCUGGCAGGUAGCCGAUCCGUUCUAUCGUGAGACGAAGCAGCUAGAACCAAAACACCACGAGAACAUUGAUGAUGUGCUGGUCAUACCCGAGAAUGAGUACUGCCAAUCAGAGCACAUGACCAUAUUUGUUAGCAUCAUCUAUGCAUAUAAAGGCUUGCUACUGGUUUUUGGCGCCUUCUUGGCCUGGGAAACCAGGCAUGUCUCCAUUCCAGCUCUAAAUGACUCCAAGCACAUUGGCUUCUCAGUUUAUAAUGUGUUCAUUACUUGUAUUGCCGGCGCGGCCAUAUCGCUGGUUUUAUCGGAUCGCAAGGAUUUAGUUUUUGUCUUACUCUCGUUUUUUAUAAUUUUUUGUACGACAGCCACUUUGUGUUUGGUGUUCGUACCGAAAGUAAGACUGGUACUCGUCGAACUCAAACGCAAUCCUCAGGGCGUUGUGGACAAGCGAGUGCGUGCUACUCUACGCCCUAUGUCCAAGAAUCGUCGCGAUUCUUCGGUCUGUGAGCUAGAGCAGCGGCUUCGCGAUGUUAAGAACACCAAUUGUCGCUUCCGCAAAGCUCUGAUGGAAAAGGAGAACGAGCUGCAGGCUCUAAUACGCAAACUGGGCCCAGAGGCGCGCAAGUGGAUCGAUGGCGUCACAUGCACAGGCGCCCCCACUGACAUGGAGCCUAUUCUAAGCGAAGAUAUGGCAAGGCUAUCGGCACCACCGGUGCGUCGCGAAAUGCCCAGUACUACAGAAGUUACCGAGCUGACAUCAGUGGAUAGCAUCACUUCCACGCACGUUGACAUGGAGAAUUCCUUCGUUUCGGUACAGUCCACGACUCUGGCGCCCUCUUUGCCGCCUAAAAAAAAGAAACAGUCAAUGGUGGAACACCAUCCGCCCGCAAUGAUGCAGCCUAUCCAGCAGCAGCUACAACAGCAUCUGCAGAAGCAGCAACAAAUGCAGCAGCAGCAGCAGCUGCAACAACAACAUCAACACCAUCGACAUUUAGAGAAACGCAAUUCAGUUUCGGCUCAAACAGAUGCCAAUAUUGGUAGCAUAACGAGCAGCGCCAGCAAACGCAGCACUGGCGACUGUGCCGCGAUACGCCGCCAGUCAACUGCAUCGCGGCACUAUGAAAGUGGGAGCCAAACGCCAACGGCGAAGCCAAAGUAUAGCAGCACACAUCGCAACUCCUCCACGAAUAUAUCCACCUCACAAUCGGAGCUGAGCAAUGUUUGUCCGCACAGCAAGCCCGGCACGCCAGGUAUAAUCAAGACUCCCACCGCCUCUGACCAUCGGCGCACCAGCAUGGGCUCGGCUUUAAAGUCUAAUUUUGUUGUCUCGCAGAGCGAUCUCUGGGACACGCACACGCUCUCACAUGCUAAGCAGCACUCGCGCCAGUCGCAGCGUACCUAUGCCAGCCCACAGCGCUGUUCCGAGCAUCAUGGACACGUGAUGGCCUAUGACCAGAACACAACCUCGCCCAUUCAACGCUCCGUCUCGGAAAAGAAUCGCAAUAAGCAUCGCCCCAAGCCGCAAAAGGGUACGGUCUGCCAGAGUGAGACGGACAGCGAGCGGGAACGCGAACCGACACCCACUACUGUUCAGCAGUGCACACAGACGCGCAAGUUCAAUCGAAAUUCCAACAUUCAGCAUGCGGCGCACCAUCACAGCUCGCCGAAUGUGGCGCCGGAGAAGCAAAGGAAACAGCGCAAUAGAACGGAUCAUUCAAUCUAUGGAGCCAGCUCCGAGACGGAGUUAAUCGAGGGGGAGACAGCUAUACUACCCAUAUUCCGGAAGCUGCUCACCGAAAAGAGUCCCAACUAUCGCGGCCGAAGUGUAGUUGGCCAGAGCUGUCCUAAUAUAUCCAUUAAAUGCGAUAUCGUUGAAUACUUGUAG